UCCAGAAUGGUUCAUCAUCAAGUAACAAUUGUUGGAUCCGGUCCAGCUGCACACACUGCUGCCAUCUAUCUCUCCCGUGCUGAAAUCAAGCCUACUCUUUACGAAGGUAUGCUUGCCAACGGUAUUGCUGCUGGUGGUCAACUUACCACCACCACUGAUAUCGAAAACUUCCCAGGUUUCCCACAAGGUAUCAAUGGAUCUACUCUUAUGGACCAAAUGAGGGAACAAUCUGUUCGUUUCGGUACUGAAAUCAUCACUGAAACCAUUUCCAAGGUCGACUUCUCCGCUAGACCAUUCAAGUUGUGGACCGAAUGGAAUGAAGACAGUGAACCAAUCACCACCGAUGCCGUUGUUAUCGCUACUGGUGCCCUGGCCAAGAGAAUGCACCUCCCAGGUGAAGACACCUACUGGCAACAAGGUAUUUCUGCCUGUGCUGUCUGUGAUGGUGCUGUCCCAAUUUUCAGAAACAAGCCUCUCGCCGUUGUUGGUGGUGGUGACUCUGCCUGUGAAGAAGCUCUUUUCUUGACCAAGUACGGUUCUAAGGUUUUCCUUUUGGUUAGAAGAGAUGAAUUGAGAGCUUCUACCAUCAUGCAAAAGAGAGUUAAGGCUAACGAAAAGUUGGAAAUCUUGUGGAACACUGAAGCUAAGGAAGCUAAGGGUGAUGGUAAACUUUUACAACACUUGUCUAUUUUCAACAACAAGACCAAGGAAACUACCGAUCUCCCAGUCAAUGGUUUGUUUUACGCUAUCGGUCACAACCCAGCCACCAAGAUCUUUGCUCAACAAGUUGACACCGAUGACCAAGGUUACAUUUUGACUAAGCCAGGUACUGCUGAAACCUCUAUCCCAGGUGUUUUCGCUGCUGGUGAUGUCCAAGACAAGAGAUACAGACAAGCCAUCACUUCUGCCGGUACUGGAUGUAUGGCUGCUUUGGACUGUGAAAAGUUCUUGUCCGAACAAGAAAUUUAG